CGGCUGACCAAGCAGGAAUUCUGGCAGCUGGUGCACCAGAGCUAUGGCUCUGAGCUGGGCCUGAACAGUGAGGAGAUGGAGAGCUUCCACUCAUCGUCUGAGGACAAUGGGCAGUCUCGAUCCAGCAUUUGUGAUGAUUCUGGAGAAAGGGAUGAAAAACUACCUAAAAUGAUUGGUUUAGUUCGCGAACCCACGCUUCAAACAGAAGGAGAGUCACUCAACAGACACACAUUGCCAGGAGUGGAGGAGUCCCCAAGUGAGAAGCAAAUAAAGAAGAGCCCUCUUCCAUCUUCUGAAAGAAAAUCUGUUAAGCUAGUCAGGAGCAGGUCUCUAGAAAAGUCCUUGGACCUGAAUGAGAAUGAAAAUCUUCCAGAGAAGAGCAGUGCCUCAGAUAGUGAAGAAGCAGUGAAGGAGACGGUCUCUGAGAAUGAUCUCUAUGGGAGACUUUUUAUAAACAGAGUUUUCCACAUCACUGCAGACAAGAUGUUUGAAAUCCUUUUCACCAAUUCUCACUUCAUGCAGAGGUUUCUCAAUUCCAGGAGCAUAGUAGACGCUGUAUCAACCCCUUGGAAUAGAGAUUCCAGUGGCAAUCAGUUGAGGACUUUGACGUACACUGUAACGAUUAACAAUCCACUUUGUGGGAAGUUCACAACUGCAACUGAAAAGCAGAUCCUGCAUAAGCAGAGCCAGAAGGGUCAGUCUUAUCAGGUGGAUGCUGAGGUAUUGACCCAUGAUGUUCCCUACCAUGAUUAUUUCUACACUGUGAACAGAUACUGCAUCAGCCGCACAUCCAAUCACAAGUGUCGAUUACGGGUUUCUGCAGAAGUGAAGUACAAAAAACAGCCUUGGGGCCUUGUGAAGUCUGUAAUAGAGAAGAAUACCUGGGGAGGAAUACAGGAAAACUUCAAACAACUUGAAUCGGAUCUCCUAAUGGAGGAAUAUGCAAUUAAUCAGUCCAUAGAAGACUCUGGAAAAUUAGUUGCCCUCAGACGAAGACGACGCACUUUACACCGGAGUCUGGCAGAAUCACUUCCCAAACGCUCUUCCCAACACUCCUCUGGUGACAUGGGAGUAGACUCCCAGGGCAGCAUAAUAGGAAGGAAAAGAGAUGCUGUAAGUAGGACCACCACCAUCAUUGUAGUAAUGAGUGUCUUUUUGCUGCUCUUGGUCUUGCUGAAUAUAACACUGUUUCUCAAACUGUCAAAGAUAGAGCAUGCGGCUCAGUCCCUCUAUCAUGUCCAGCUUCAGGAAGAAAGCUCUUUAAACAUAUCCCCAGAAAUGAUAUUAAAAGAGGAGAUCCCUCAAUAUGAUAAGGAACAGGUUAAACAUGUGAAGGGAGUUUUAAGGGACUCAAUUGAAAUGCUUGAGCAGCUAAAGGUCUCCCUUUCCAUGCUCCAAAGAAGCUUUGACCACUUGAACAGGACACAGAGCGGCAAGACGGAGAGUUAAUACCCACAUCAACUUUCUGUUCAAGACAUCGGAAGAACAGAUGUGUGUGUGAGGACUUGUGGGGUAGGGAUUGUAACUGUCACCUUCGGACUCUGCUAUUUGGCUCAAAAGCUGCACGGAAUAAAGGUUUCUGGAAGAGGUAAA